AUGCCACCCUUCUGUAGGAAUGCAAAGUUGGGUCUGCUUUCUUUUCUGAUUUGUUUAUUACCUUUGGAGAUGGAUGCCUUUUGGUUAGGAAAAACUGAAAAUAAUAAAAUCCUCUGGGAAAUGGCUCAAAGUCAGGAAAUGAGAUAGACAUCCUUGGGGAUGAGGAAACGAUUGCGACUUUACCAAACGGCUCUGAAAGAGUUGAGUAGUAGCUCCGGACAUCAUGACCCCCAGCUCAUUGCUGCCUCCAAACCCUCGGUGUUCCCUGGCCUUCACGAACAGCCUCCCGAGGCCUCCGCCAGUGGCACUUUGAACGGACUCCUGCGACUGGGGCUCCCCAGAGAAAUGAACGCGCGCCCCGAAGCCUUCUCGCCAGGACCAGUGGCCCGCAGCAACGCCCUAGCAGCUGCCGGGGCCCUGCAUGGCUAUGGGAGCAUGAACCUGACCGUGAACCUCGCUCUGCCCCAGGGUCCCGGUGCCUUCUUCCGUUACAUGCGCCAGCCCAUCAAACAGGAGCUCAUCUGCAAGUGGCUGGCGGUAGAUGGCCCCGAGCUCCCGCAACUCUGCUCCAAAACUUUCAGCACCAUGCACGAGCUGGUCACGCAUGUCACUGUGGAGCACGUCGGCGGCCCAGAACAGGCCAACCACAUCUGCUUCUGGGAGGAGUGUCCGCGCCAGGGCAAGCCCUUUAAAGCCAAAUACAAACUUGUAAAUCACAUCCGCGUUCAUACAGGCGAGAAGCCCUUCCCCUGUCCUUUCUCGGGGUGUGGGAAGGUCUUUGCUAGAUCAGAAAAUCUCAAAAUACACAAAAGAACUCACACAGGGGAGAAGCCCUUCAGGUGCGAGUUCGAGGGCUGCGAGCGACGCUUCGCCAACAGCAGCGACCGCAAGAAGCACUCGCACGUGCACACGAGCGACAAGCCAUACACGUGCAAAGUACGCGGCUGCGACAAGUGCUACACGCACCCCAGCUCGCUGCGUAAGCACAUGAAGGUGCACGGGCGCUCACCGCCGCCUCUUAGCUCUGGCUACGUCUCUGCCACGCAGUCUGCCGUUGUGUCGCUUUCGCUUUCAUCGAACUUCGGCCGCGAGCCCCUGGUGGCCUCCUCGGCGGCAGUAGUGGCGCGUGGCGUCGAAUUGAGAGAAUGAUGUCCACCGAGUUGCUCCUAAGGUAAUCUCGUCCAGCGCAGCUGAGAGCCCGCAUCUCGCGCCUGUGACAUCAAAGGGCCCGCACACAAAGCAAUGUUUCUUCGCCACGGUGCAUCUUCAUGGUAAGUUAGGAUUUCUAUGGCAAUGGGCAAGUCACACUGAAAUCCUGAAAGGCCAAGCCUGGAGCCCAUCCAGGCUUUUCAUUAAGGACAUAAUAUUUACGUCUAACAGGCCUUUCCCCAUGUGUAUACAAGUAUAUAUUUUUGUUUGACGCAGACUAAAUCAUUUUCAUUUAAUUUCCGGUAAACAAAACCCACACGAAUGGGCACUUGUUCUCGAUCAUAAUAAAAAUGGAUAAUAAUGGGAGAGAAGAAAAAGGCCGUUUGAAUCGCCGCUCAGCCCUCUUUGUUUCUGCUUUCUGCGGUGAUCAGAGGGCGAGUUUCUAAAGGCGAGGAAAUGGUUUUUAAGAGGGGAAAGAAAAGGAGAAGGGUCUAAUCAAGCUCGGGUUGUUCAAAGAGUUGAGUUUUGGGGUUGAAAGUGUGAGUUUGACGGUGCAUCAGCAUGCCAAGUUGGGCUCGCCAUGGAAAUGCGCUCAGGGAGCGGCCCCUUCAAAGGCGGCAUACUUCAUUGCAGAUGCUCUAUGAAGAUACAUUUGCGCUGACCUUUGCUUUUACGCCAUUUGAUACUGUCACUACGUUCUCCAAUAUAUACUUCCCCCUUAGGACCUGCCUUGCUGACGUUUUAGGUGCUCACUCUGCAUUCUAACAUAGGUGGGUGCUUUGGUGCCAGGGAUGCUUUCAGGAAAGGGCAGAACCUGACUCAGCACACAGAAUCCGCACAUCUUGGCUGUCCCUCAAAGAGGCUCCAAGGUCAGGAGUAAAUAACAUUAGGGCAACCUCACAAGCUUAACAAGUAAGCAUGCCAAGCUAGAUUCUGUGCAAUGCACCUCUCUGCAUCUUGAGCAAGGUGGAGACCUGAAUUUGAGUGAGACUUGCAGGGCAGGGGAGCCACCCUGGAUGAGUCUGAGAAGUUCAGACUGUGGCUUUCAGUCAUUUCCACUUUGGCCCCAGCACAGCCCAUUCUGCCCCUCUAUCCCAGAAGUCUCUUGCAGCCCCCCAAACUUACUUCUCCCUAGAGUGCUGUGUAUGGUAUCUCUCAGGCCUGGGCUGGCCCUGGGCAUGAGCUCAAGAGUGCAAGGCCAAGGAGAUAGGGAAGAUGGCAAGAAAGUUAGAAGUCCAUGUUCCCUUAAUUGUCAUGUUGUUUAUUUUAUCCAAGUACCCUAGAGAAUAGGGGAAAAAUAAACAUGGUG